AUGGGUUAUGAAUUUGAUGUGAUUGUACAAACUGGGUUGCUUGAUUUUUAUGCAAAGGUUGGGAAUUUGAAGUCAGCAAAGCGGGUGUUUGUGGAAAUGCCUGAAAGAGAUGUCGUGGCUAAUAACGCUAUGAUAUCGGCUCUCAGUAAACAUGGGUGUCUCGAGGAGGCGAAGAAUCUGUUUGAUAGUAUGCCUGAGCGGAACUCAUGUUCUUGGAAUUCGAUGAUCACUUGCUAUUGCAAGUUGGGUGACAUUGAUUCUGCUCGUUUAAUCUUUGAUCGUGAUCCUGUCAAAGAUGUGGUCUCGUGGAAUGCAAUUAUUGAUGGCUAUUGUAAGUUGGGGCAGCUAAUGAAUGCUGAGGAGUUGUUUGUUUGGAUGGGGGCAGCUAAAAAUUCUGUCACUUGGAAUACCAUGAUUGCAGGGUAUGUUCAAUGUAGGAAAUUUGGGAGAGCGAUAAAUGUGUUUCAGCAAAUGAUUGCUGAAAAUGUUAAGCCGACGGAGGUAACUAUGGUUAGUUUGUUGUCUGCAUGUUCUCAUCUUGGAGCCUUAGACAUGUGUGGAAGUAUAGAUGCUGCCCUUGAUGUCUUUCACGGCCUUCAGGAGGGAAUAAAACCAGAUGGGAUCACCUUUGUUGGGCUCUUAUGUGCAUGUAGCCAUUCAGGAAUGGUUUCAGCAGGUAGAAGAUAUUUCUCUCAAAUGCGUAGCUCUUAUGGUGUGGAACCUGGAAUUGAACAUUAUGGCUGCAUGGUUGACCUUUUGGGUCGAUCAGGGUUUCUUGAAGAAGCGUUACAGCUCAUAAGGACCAUGUCCAUGAAGCCAAAUGCAAUGGUUUGGGGAAGCCUGCUCCAAGCAUGUCAGAUUCAUAAGGAUACCAAACUUGGUGAGCAGGUGACCCAGCAACUGUUGGAGUUGGACCCAUGCGAUGGAGGAAAUUAUGUAUUCUUAUCCAACCUUUAUGCAUCAUUGAAUCGCUGGAAUGAU